CCUAGGCCUCAUAGUCAUAGUCAUAGGCAUAGGAUGUAGCCUUCUUGAAUUUGUUUCGUUAUAAACAAGAGUAAACUUUAAGUAACCGUCGGUUAAGACUAAAGGAUAAUUAAACAAACAAAAACAACAAAAAAUCUUAAAAGUUACAAGUUAAAGGCUAAAGGUAAAUUGAAUCUUUGAAAUCCAGUUGCAUUUUUAUAUUAUUUCCUCCACCCAGUCUGGUGUGUCUUUGAUGCACGACUAAGUAGCAAGUAAGAGUAAAGACUAAGCAUUACUGAUUAAGAUUACUUAACAAUAAAUGAUGCCUAACUCAACUUCAUCACUUCAUCUUCUAGACUUUUACUUUUUAAUUUUAAUCUUUUAAAAAUGUCAAUUUAAGUAUGUGUUAAUAAAUAGUAUUGUAUUAGUUAUGUUAUUUGGGCUUUUUAUUGAAUUAAAGUUUAACUUAACUUAAGAAUGUUGAAUGUAUGAACUGAAAAGUUGACAACGAAAGCUAAGUAGUAAGUGAAGUUAAAGUCAUAAUCAUAACGGUAACGUGAUAAAGUUAAAAAGUGCUGUCGACAAGUUAGAAGUAGAAGGCUUCCAUAAUUGAUAAAUCCAUUGCAUUGUUUUGUCUUUCUUCGCUUCCCCCUAUCCUGUUUUUCCUCAUGUGCCUAUUCAGCCUAUCAUAGUAUUAUCCUUUAAUUUUCCUUUACUUAGUAAACUUGGUUUUACCACUUUUAGUUUUUAAGGAUAGAAAUAAUUAAAAAAUGAAAACUAAAACAAUUGUACAGGGGCCAUAUAAACUACUAUAAUUUAUACCUAAGUUGGUGCAAUUAAUAUUUUUUAAAUAGUUUCUCUUUUGUAAAUACUAAUUUAAAAAUUAAUAAUUUCACAACAAAACUUAACUUUACAAAUGUUUUAAGUUCACCUUAUAGACAAUUCAAUUACCUACAAAAUGGUUUAUUAAUCACUAUCAGAUAUACCCGGCAUUUGCCGGGAUAGCAUUCGGAAUGAAGGAACUUCUACAGCCUUAUAAUUAUUCCGAUCCCGUUGGGCUCCCAAUCCCGUCGGUAUCUCGCUGCUGAUAGUAUACCAGUUCCCAAUGGGAUUCCGAUCCCUCUUGAGCCCAAUUCCGGUAUGAUACCUAUUCUGUCGGUAUUGCGAUCCCGAUAUCUAUAGGCCUAAGUCAUUAUUUUUUUAUAUCUAAAAAUUAUAGAACUAAAUGCACUGCUAUAGAUAUUAUAAAUUUAAGCUAAAAGAGGGGAUUCCAAAAUACCUUUUGCCUGAGAUGGGGAACCACAUAAAAAUCAUUCAGAUAAAUUAUGGAGUUAAAAUUUGUCCGAUUAAAAUCGGUUUAAAAUGCCAUUGAUAUAUCUUUUUAAAGUUAUCAAACUUUCUGGAAAAUUCUAGAUUGGAUAUUCUUAGUUUUAAAUCCACCGAUGCCGGUAUUUAAAUACAGACAAUGAAGUGUAUUGCUACCAGGCUAGGCGUAUAUCCAUCAAUUCACAUAGAACCUAUAUUGUUGUAAAAGCCUAUUGAUAUUUAUAUAGUUUAUAUAAGAAAAAAUAAAACGGGGCCCUCGGUCCCAGAGGGAUGGAUAUUAUGAGUAUUUGAAUAUGGAUAAUCAAGUGUAUGUGUACUAAGUUUGGCCAAGAUCCAUCCAUUCAUGUAGCAGUAUUUUUUAGUAAUUUUAUUUACAUAGUUCUUAUAGGAAAAAAAGACAUUUUGGGCCCCCGGCCCCACACGGAAUGUUAUUAAAAGUUAAUAACCCCUUAAGAGUUCCUUCCGGAUAAUGAUGGAUAUAUGUGCCAAGUUUGGUCAAGAUCCAUCCAUCCAUGUAAAAACCUUUGUGGAUCAAACCCACAAACAAACAUUCACUUUUAUAUAUAUAUACUAGCCAAUAUACCCGGCGUUGCACAGGAUUGCAUUAGGACCCCAAUCCUGGUAAGACCCCGAUCCCAUUGGGUCCCGAAUCCCAUUCUGACCCUGAUCCCGGCCCAAUCCCAAUCCCUUUUUCCGAUGUGAUCCCGUCCCCAGUGGGAUCCUGUCCCCAGUGGGAUCCCAUUUUCUUGUGGCUCCAGAUCCAAGGGGAAUCCAGAUCACAGUGGGAUCCCGAUCCCGUCGGUGUCUUGAUCCCAGUGGGAUCCCGAUCUCGUUGGAUCCCGAUAGGCUACCGAUCUCUAUAAAAAUCAUUCAGGUAAGUUAUGAAGUUUAAAAUUUAAAAUUUGUCCAGCCCUUUUCAAAUCUAUUAAAUAAUGUAACGAAGUGGCUAUUCGUACCCGGGUACCAGAAGUGAGAGGUUGGGAUUAAAAAACUGUUUAAAAUUUUAAUGUUGGGUUUUUAAGACAAAAUGAUGUAUCAAAUGAAAGAUAAUUGAACGGACUAUUUAAAGUGUCAGUGCAUGGGUACAUUUUCCACAAUAAUAAGGUUAGGCAUUGAUUAAUCAGUUCACGUCAUUGCACAAAUAUGCAUGAAGCCAUUUUGACACAAUUUUUGUUUAGUUUGUUGCAUCCAGCCAAUGGUAAAUAGUAGGCUACCAUUACAAUAGAAAUGGAAAUGCUUUUUUCAAUGAAUUUACAUUUUAUUUUAAAACUUUAAAAAAUUAUAUAAAUAAUUGACUGUUUUUUUUCCUCAUAUAUUCCUAGAAAUGUCUAAACCCAAAUCCCGAUAUUUUCCAAACAAGCUGCAAGAUUAUAGUCCUGGUCUUGAGUUGGAUAUUGUGAAGGAUAAAUGGCUUGAUCAAAUUGUCAGCCUCAUAAAAGCUAUAACAGAUGCUGUUCCAACAGUUGUAUCAUCGGAUGGUGGACUCUAUGUUGGUAGUGCUGGUGUGGCAUAUAUGCUUUGCUAUGCUGCAGACUAUGAACCCCUUCAUGACUCUAAAAUAACAUAUCUUCAUAUGGCAAAAUCACUCUAUGAUCGUGACUUAAAAUUUACGUACAAAGAAAAAUCAUCAAAGGCUGACGAAGCCUCUUUUCUUCUUGGUCCUGCAGGAAUUUAUGCUCUGGGUAUCUAUUUAGGAAAUUCUUUAAAAAAUGAAACUCUCAUACAAGAUAACAUUAGGCUUUAUAAGGCAUGUGCUAAAGAAUGCUUAAAGCCAAAGUUUCUCUCAUGUGGCUCAGAUGAACUAUUUGUUGGUCGUGCUGGUUAUUUGUGCGGUGCACUGACAUUAGAGAAAAAAUUUGGAACAAAGGUGGGUCUAAAAAUUAUAUGAAUUAUAUUUUUUAUUAAAUAGCAUAGUCACAUUUUGUUAAACUAAGUAAUUAAUUUAUUUAAUACCAUACAGUAAAGACCGUUACUAUUUGACUGAAAUUUUUAAUGAGUGCAUUUUUAUGAUAGACAGUUAUAAUAUUUAUAGUUUACAUGUAUACUGCAGUCAAAAUAUAUUAAAAACUGGAAUCAACAAGCUUUUAAAAUGUCUUAGAAAUACCAACUCUAAAAUGAUAAUAUAGAGAGCUGAAUUAAAAUUUGAUAGAUUCUAGAUGAUGCCACCAUCAAUGACAUUUGUGCCACUAUGGUGAGAUCUGGCAAAGAGUUUGCUCAGCGCUUUAGAACAGAUGCUCCACUUUUGUAUGCUUAUUAUGAUACAGUUUAUUUGGGUAUGUCAGGCUAAUAUUUUAAGUAAUAUCAAUUUUUUAAUUUUUUUCUUGGUAGAUUUUCAAUAAAAUAAUAUUUGUGUUGAUGACUUUUUUAAUUAGAAAGGAUAGAUCAAACAGUUAGUUUAACAGCAAGUUUUGAUUGUAAAUGUAAAACUACCAGUAAUAAAAUUUAGUAUUUAAAAAAUUUCAUAUUGUACUAGUACUAAAACUUAUUUAAAAUAUGAAAUAUAUAAUCUAUCCUUUUCAUUCAUUCAGGUGCUGCUCAUGGAAUAUCAUCUAUUUUACAAAUGAUACUGAGCUGUCCCUCCUUUCUAGAGUCUGAUAGGAAAGGUGCCCAAGAAGUUAGACAGGCUGUUGAUUGGCUUCUUAGUUUGCAACAACCAAAUGGAAAUUUUGCUCCUGCCUUGGAUGAAGUGUCUAAUCCACGACCAGAAAAAGAAGAACUUGUUCAUUGGUGCCAUGGCGCUCCAGGUGAAUAAAGGAGUGUUUCAAAAUUUGUAGUAGGUUGUUGUACAUAUUUUUUUUGCAAUUGAUCCCUUGUUUAAUUAAAGCUCCAUGUACCAUCAGAUGAAAUUACAGUAAUAGAUAUGGACAUAAAAUAUUUAUUAAAAAUUUUAGCACUUUUUUUAGUUUUAUGUACCGGUGGUUACAAUAAUAUUCACUUAAGAUGUUUUAUCAAAUAAUCUGCCAGGCAUUGUCUACUUAUUUGCCAAGGCAUACCUGAUAUGGCGAGAUGAAAGAUAUCUCCAAGCAUGUCUUAAAUGUGGUGAGCUUACCUGGCAAAGAGGACUUCUGACUAAGGGACCUGGUAUUUGUCAUGGCAUAGCAGGGAGUGGGUGAGUAUUUUAAUUUGUUAGGGGUGGAUGGGAUUUGUUACUCAUAGAAAUAAGGUUUGGGAUAGUUGCUACUGCAGAAUUAAGAUUUUUUAAUUUUAGUAAUUAAUUUCUUGUCUAGAGCUGUUGCAUGGGCCCUAAAAUCCCUGUGACUGCAAGGGGCUUGGUUUAUUAAGGAGCCCAAAUUUGUGAUUUGGAAAAAAAAUUCUAAAGAAUUUAUUUUAAAUUGCAUGGAAUAGUUACAUAUUUGACUAUUGUGGCUCUAUUUAAAAAUUAGAAAAUAUAUUUUAUACUGUCUGCUUAUCAUCUUGCUAAUCACAAGCUUUACAUUUGUCAAAGGGGGCUUCACGUUCUCCCCCCCCCCCCCCCGAAGUUUAGUUGGGGGGGGGUGAGGAGCCCACACUUAGUUGAGGGGGGAUGAGGAGCCCACACUUUUAAGGAGUUGCAUUUUCAGCAAUGAAAAGAACGUUUUUUAAGGUGGGGACAUGGGGGAUAAAAAAAACCCAAAGAGACACAAUUUUUCUUCUUCUUCUUUUAUGUUGAUCUAACAUUGGAACUGAAAAAAAAUGGGUCUAAAUUGUAUAGCCUUUUAUUCAGACCAAGUUCAUAGAAAUAUGGGGAGAAAAAAGUGAAAUACAAUAAGCUGCCAAAACUAUCGUUGGCAUCAAGAGUCCGUGUAAGAAGGACUGUUGUGUUUUUAUGAAAAAAAUGAAGACAGAAAUAAAAAUCAUUUGAAGUACUGGUAUGUGAAACCUGGAAAAAAUAUUAAAAAAAACAACAACAAAUCAGUUAGCUAAAAAAAAUCACCUGGACGAAAAAAAGAACACAAGUUAAAAUAAAUUAAUAGAAGUAAGAAUAAAAAAACUCAGCUGCCGAAAGUUAGAACUCAUGACAAGCAGACUUUUUUCAAGAUUAACUUGCAAUGCAGCCUUUUAUGAUAAAUAAUUUAAUUAGGCCUAAAAAAUAUAAAAAGGACUGUAUUCAAGCCUAGUAAAUGAAUGAAAUAGCAAAACUAGGUAUGUGGAAGCUUGAUUUAGAGAACAGGACAAAAAGAUAAGGACGUUUCGGCAUAAAGCCUUCUUCAGCUAACAGUAGAAAUGAAAAUAUCACAAAGAACAGAGCACAGUAAACAACUCAAGAAAUAUCCAUUGUGGUCGUCGGAAGGGGGAACACAAGAAGCGAGAGAAUAUAAAUAUUGACACUGUGAAAAAUGAGGUCUACAAUAAUAAUGGACCAGAAUAUCCAGGGAUACAUAAACACACAACAAUAAGAAAAUAGAUGAAAUAGAGGGAAAGAGAGAAACAUCAGUAGGAUAUUAUUUGAUUAAUACCAUGUUAAUGUCAAUGAAUUAUUUUAAUAUCCACCUGUAGGCUUUGGGUACAUAAUAGAAUUUAGAGAAUGAAAACCAGCUGGCAUUUAUGUAAAUUGUUUGGAUAAUGUGUGCUUAUCACUUCAUUGGUGAAUUAGAAAAUAUAGUUUCUCUGUCAGAUGUUUUUUUGGAACUUUGCAAAAAUAAGUUUCUUUCAGCCUAUUCACUGUAUACUUAACUGACAAAUAAAAGGGUUUAACAUACAGCACAAUGCCAAAAAACAGCUUUUAAAAAAAUGGUUUUUACAGAUUUGGUGCGACUUUGGGUGAUUUUUGUUAUAUGUAUUGUUCCGUUUUUCUUUUAGGGGGUGGGUAGCAAACUUAAAGACUGUCUAACUACAUCAUUAAAUCGACCUUAAAUUUCAUAGCUUUAUUGUUAUCACAAUAAUAUCAGACUCAGAUGAUUUCCAUUGAAACAAAAGUCUAAUUUAUUUGAAUUAUUCCCAUCGGAACCUGAUUCCAAAGUGCCACAAGCCAUAUAGAGGCUGAAGACAUCUUAGGUGACCAAGAUGGAAGCAACACCAAACAAGAAAUGAGUAGGUUUGAAGAAAAUCCACAAGUUGCUACAUUUUGCUCAAAGGAAUGGAGAGUGCAGGGAUCAGAUCGUGAUUGCUGUCUGCAGUGUGUCUCAAGGACCCCAAGCUUUAACCCUUACACCUGCAUCUUGGCCAAAAAGUAUAUUCGAUGGUUAACAUAUUUAUUAUGAAACUUGGAGCUGUCCAAGUAAAUGAUUACAAAUUUCCAAAAAAAAAAAAAAUUCAGAUUCAGUAUAGAAUUUUAUUCUAAAAUGAUGCCAAAUGGAGAAACGAUGGUCUGAGCAUGGCUCGUGUAUUCCAAACAGCAGGAUGUUGUGUACUUUUGUGGUUGCAAGUUGUUGGGUGAGACAAUAAUGAGGCCAUUGUCAAAGGCUUCAGCAGUUGAUGAUACUUAAAGACUUCUGAGGAGCAUGAGAAGUCAGGAAACCACAGACAGAUAGAAAUUGAUAGACUGAAAAGAGCUUGAAUUUCGUCUUAAAAUGGGCUUUAAAAUAUGAUUACCUUGUGAAAAAACAGGGCUCAUUACCUCAGCUUGUUAGAAUUCACCAUAACAAUCAUACUGUUAUUUUGCUUGAUUGCCCUUAACUGAUAAAAAAUUUCACAAUAUGCAAAGUUCUGUGUUACCGGUCAUCUGAAGUGAACCAUUAAAUAAUUUGAAAUGUUUAACUUUUAUUAUAAUUUUGUUUCACUUUGAAAAACAACAAGCGCAAGAUAAACUAUCAACUUUGAUGUUGAAUAAAGGGGUCCAAAACUGACAGGGACAAAGCUUUUUACUAAGAAUCACAUGCUUAAUGACCUUGGUGAACUAAUCUUUCCUUUAAAUUAUUAAUUACUAUCCCCUGAAGAAGAGUAUUACUUGUUUUGAAAUUAGCUUGCUAUCCGUGUUGAAUAAGAAUACCUUGCAACUCAUUACUUGGUCAAAAGAGUUUAAGAAUCAAACAAGCAUGGCCUCUUAUUUAAGUGAAGCUAACAUACAUUUGAGAAUAAUCAGAAGACUUUACAAUGAUUUUUCCAAUGUUUAAAUUUUUAUAUUUGGGGGUGGGGUGUUAACAUAAUUGAGUACAUUUUCAUAAAGCAGUUUUUUCAGUGAGCAAUUACCUUGUUAUGUGCAUAAUGUAUCUAGGAUUUACCGUAAUUCCAAUGUCCACAGCAGUACUUCCCCACCAAUGAGGUUAUAUAGUAUGCUUAAGUCUGAUGUGCUCAAUAUUUUUUUUUUUUAAUGAAAAACUUUUCCAAAAAAAUCUAGAAUAAGCAAACUUUUUUUUGUUAAUUGAAGAAUAUCCUAUUCAGUUAGGGAAAAAUCUACAAAAAAUGUAAUUUGAUACAAAAAUAUUAUUUCUUUCCAGGUAUGUCUUCCUGUUGCUUUACAGACUAACAAAAGACAAAAAGCAUUUACAUAGAGCACAACAGUUUGCUAAUUUCUUAUUCACUGAUCAAUUUCAAUCAGGGGCGAGAACUCCAGAUAGUCCUUACAGCCUCUAUGAAGGGCUUGCAGGAACUGUCUGUUUCCUGUUAGAUCUGAUAGAGCCAGAGAAAGCAGCAUAUCCUUUUUUCGAGGUCUUCUAAAUAAAGGACUCUUACUGUCAUAGAGUUAAAAUAAUCUGCUCUAAGACUGCCAAAGACCUCACCCUUGUAUCUACAAUGUCAUGUGGAAGUCUUGAAAAUGUGAUUUUCAAUUCUUUGGCAUAUUCUAUGUUUUAAUAGUUUAACUUCUUGGGUAAUGUUGAAGCAUUUACUUUGGCUGGUGUUUUUUAUUUCCAAGUACUGACUUAGCCCCUAAUGAUAUUUUUCAACACAUUUAGGUUAAAUAAGAGUUUAUCAGAAUACAAACUCAUAAGUAUAAUUGCUUUCUAGCAAGUAAAAAAGCAAGUGCAUGUUGUUCCUGAUAUGAUAUUACAUAUAAACCCCUUUAGAGUAUCUAAAGAUUUAAUUGCAAGCAUUUACAACUAUAUGCCACACUGUGACUUACCUGCACAGUACCCAAUAAAAUUGAAUUGCAAAAAUCUUAAAUUUCUGUUUGUUUUUAUAUCUAAAAUGAUUGUAAUUUG